AUGGCUUCGAAGAACAACUGGCAGGCAGAUCAAGCAGGGAAUACCCCAGAGGACAACGUCGAUAAGAUCUUGGAGACUUUGCCGGAGUUGAAUAAACUGUUAUCCGAUAUCUCAGGUAAAAGCGAGGAGCAACAAGGGAUAACUAAUCAAAUUAGUACUGUAGCAAGGAGCCUAAGUGCUCCUUCUGUUUUGACUCAUAAUUCAUCUGAUGGAAAACUGAUUAUGAGGCUGCAGUAUCAUUUCCGGCUCCUCAAACUGAAGCUAGGAAAGCUGGAACAAUUUCGAACAAAUCUGGAAGCAGAGCUGGAUAAACAUCUUGCUACCCUUCAGGCACUGGUUACAGAUUUGGAUUCCUCAAGAGUUUCUUCUCAACCUUGGCACUGGAUAAAGCGUGACUUGCAAGGCAUUGAAAAGAAGAUCUCUGACUUGCUGUACCAACUCCCUUUACUGUCUGGCAAGUCAGAAAACCAGAAAGCAACAGCAUACGGUGAUCAGGAUGAGGGAGACGAGGUUCAUCAGGAGAAGGCUUAUACUUACCUCCCUGGCCUACAUACAAACGUGGAAGUUCUCAUCAGAUGCGAAACGUUCAGGCAAGUGAAGCAGAAGUUUAUAGACCUUGAUAUUGAACGGAAGAUGUGCCUUUUGAGUUUCGCUGUGUUCCCUGAGAACAGAGAGGUUCACAGAACAGUGCUCAUGUAUUGGUGGAUAGGAGAGGGGAUUCUACCUGUCCAAGGAGCUGAAGAAGCGGUAAGGGACAUUCUUAACGAAUUCACCGAGAAAGCGUUGGUCGAACCGGUCGAAGAGAGGCGUAAAGUGGCUCCAAGCAGCUAUAAGAUGAACCCUUUUGUGCAUUCUUCAGUUAUACAUCUCGCAAAGAAGGUUGGCAUCUUCGAUAUUUACAGUGGAAAAUAUAAUAAGCCAAUCACGAGCAAGUCAGAGAUGGGGAAGGUGUGCAUUGUGGAGGGGUCGGCAGAGGCAGCACUUGGGGAAAACCCACUGAAAAUCGAAACUGUGUUCAAUGUUUCUGAGAGAGACCUGGAUUCCACAGUCAAGUGGUUCUCGAAGAAUCCACGUGCAUACAGACGCUUCACGAUCAAUUCAUCAGAAGCUGGGUUCAAGUCACUCAAUGUCUUUUACUUGGGGAGAUGGGAAAGAAGUAAGAAACGUCACAUCCAGGUACAGAAUCAUGAGCUUAUGAAAUGUUUGAAACAUUUGACGAAAGUAAAAGUGCUAAGUUUUCAAGGAAUCUCGACCAUUAGAAGCCUCGACCGUUCGGUUUGUAAGCUACAACAUCUAAUCGUCUUAGACCUCAGGGAGUGCUAUGAGCUGACGAAGCUUCCAGAGAAGAUAGAUUCCCUCCAGAAUCUGGUCUACUUGGAUAUGACAGGAUCCUAUAUGUUGGAAUAUAUUCCCUUAAGGUUGGCUCUGUUGAAGAAGUUAGAGGUCCUUAAGGGCUUUGUUGUUUGCGACUCCCUCUAUGAGAGUGUCGCGUGCAAGUUGAUUUAUUUGAAGAACUUGCCGAAGCUAAGAAAGCUCAGCAUCGAAAUAAACAGUGAUGAUCUCAGUGUGCAAGACUUGACGAGGUACCUUGUGGAGCUCAAAGCAUUGACGAGUUUGAAAGUGACAUGGAGAAGGGAGCUGGACUUCGUCCGUGACCCGCCCACGGGGGGAGCCGUAAAAGAAUUUUUGCGUACGAUGACAAUGACCCCAAAAUUUAGGGCCCCUGCUCCGUUUGUUUUUCCUUCGCAGUUAAAGAAGCUCAACCUGCAGCGGUUCCCAGACAGAGUUCUUCCCUCGUGGCUUCAGCCGAAGAAACUGCUUCACUUGAAAAAGCUCCACAUUGGAGGAGGAAGAAUACUGAAGGGUUUUGGUGAUUUGCCUGAGGAGGCAACAGAGUGUGCUGUUGAGGUCUUACGUCUCACGUCCCUUCCCCAGCUUCGAGUCGGAUGGAUAGAGCUGAAGCAACUCUACUUCCCAAACCUGACCUUUCUUGAGAACUAUGAGUGUCCAAGAGUUACCCUUACUCCCUGCGAUGGAUCUGGAAUCUGGAAAUCUGACCAAGACUGAUGUUAUCUUCAACAAUACCGGAGUAAUAUGAUCGUUAUUCAGCUAUGAACUUUUGUUUUCCUAUGUUGUUG